GUCAAACACCAGGGAGCCACUCACGCCUGUGUGGUCUGUGUACUUCUCUACGCCACGAUGCUGGCGCUGGGCACAGGUGUGGAUCGAUUGCUGGCUGGUGAUCUUCUACUGCCCGAGGGCAUGAAAGCCUGGGCGGCCGCGUUGUUGGCUUAUUGGAGUUGGUUGGUUCUCUUACGACUUCGCUGCGAGACCGGCAGCGUGGCAGCAGACAUCUAUCAGCUCAUGUUUUCCUGCAACUUUUCGAUGCCAAUGGCCGCAGCGGCCAUUCUUUUACGAAGACCCGUGUUGCUGUGUGCACAAGGGAUCUUGGUUGCUAUCGAUCAAGUCUUAUGGUACGUCGAUUUGCUCGGAUUUCUGGUUCUCGGCAAGCUCCCUGUGAAGGUGGUGGGAUACCUCUUGUGGCCGAGCACACCGCUCUCGCGACGCAUUUCCUGCAUUCAUCACCUGCUUUUUGAACCUUUGGUGAUUUAUGUGGGCAGCCAGGGUCAAAGUCUACCCGUAGGACGUGCGUUCCUGGUGGCAUUUGCACAGACUGUGCUGUGUCAGGCCGUUUGCCGUUUCAGCACACCCCUGGAGAUCCAACGGGCCAAUGGGGAACUCUGUUAUUUGAACAUCAACCUGUGCUACGAGUGCUUCCGCGACGUCAAAGUUGGCUGGAUCCGGCGCUACGACCGGCGUAGCGCCUCCGUCUACUUGCCGUGGAUGUUGUGGAUUUGGAAUGGUGGGAACGUGCUUCUCUUUAUGCUCUUGGCGUGGCCCUUAUUGUGGCUCUUGAACUUCUUGGGAUGGAGUCAUGCAGCGAUCUCACUGUGA